AUGUCCAAACUGAAGGCCCUGCAGUGCCACUUCACCUGGGAUCUGGUCCCCAGCAGGACCAAACUUCUUCAUCUCCGGGACAAGCUGAAGGACAUCGGCACCAAGGAGGGAAACAGGUGGCAGGGUCACAUUCACAACCUGCAAGGGUUUGUUGAAUACAAGAUGAAAAACAUUGAAAAUGCAGAAAGUUUCUUCAGCAAGGCUGCAGAGGCCUUCCGCCAGCUGAGACACACAGAGGAGGGUCCCUGGUUGGUGGUGAACUACGGGAACCUGGCUUGGCUGCACCACCACCUGGGGGACGAAGCAGAGAGUGAGGCUUACCUGUCAAAGGUCAACGCCCUGAUGAAUAAAUACCCGUCUCCAUCCCAGGAUGAGCUCCAUCCAGAGAUCUAUGCUGAAAAAGGCUGGACCCUGAUGGAGUUGAACCCAGAUAAAAAGGUGGCUGCAGAUUACUUCCAGAGAACCAUCAGGAUGCAGCCGGACAUGGUGGAGUGGAACACCAGCUACGUUUUGGCGUUGGGGAAAAAUUUUAAGUACAGCAGCACAGGGGUGGAGGCUGACGUCUUGGAGAAAAUGAGAAUCGCCAAGGAACAGGAUCCAGAGAACUUGUACCUUGCUGCUAACUACCUUGAGCAACGUGCCAAAAAAGGAGAAAAGGUUGAAAUUGAAGCUUGUGAGUUAGCACAAAAGGUUUUGAGAAAUCCUGUCAGCAGCUACAACGGUAUUCAUCCAUUGCUCAGGGUUUUCAGAAACUAUGUAUCUCUUGAUGAGGCUAUUGAUUUUAUAGAGGAGGCUAUAGAGAAACAUCCAGAUGAGCGUUAUCUGAAGAGAUGUGCUGCACUCUGCUACAAAUGGAAGGUUUGUUUCGGAGACAGUCAGCCAAAGCAAAGUGUGAUAGACAGAGCAAUCACUCUCCACAAGGAGGUGAUUUCUCUUUACCCUCAUUCUUCACUUUUGAUGAAAAUAGACCUCGCAAACAUAUACGCGAAGUCAGGUUACAGUCUGGCUAAAGCUGAGCAGAUCUACCAGGAACUGUUAGAAACUGACCUGAAACCUGCAGAUAAACAGAUGCUUUACAACAACUAUGCAAAGUAUUUAUACUUUGAUCGACAAGAGUACCAAAGUUCACUGCGAUAUCACAUGAAGGUGGCUGAGAUACCGCAACCGUCCCUCUAUCAGGACCACGGCAUCAAAGUUCUGCAGAAGCAUAGAGGCAGAAUGUGUAGAGAAAUACAGGAGUUUCUGCAAAACCUGUAGGAGCCACAGUGUUUUUAUCAGC